UUUUGACUUUUGUUCUAACCUUAAAGCACGUUGUUCAUACUCUUAUCAGAAUUGCCGUAGUUGCCUCCGCAUUACAUCAUACAUUCAAAACGAAGUGUGACACAAGUGUUUGGUGUACGAAAGGCCGGUUAAUUUCGUGUAAAAUUGUAAAAUAUCAAUCAAGGGCAAAAUGUCAUGGUUAUUCGGUGUAAAAACUAAUCCAGUACCUCCAACGGCUGGCGGAGAUGAUGGCAGCAAUCCACCAAAUCAACCAACAUCGGCUCCAUUGUCCAAAUCAGAACGCAAAGCAAUGGAAGCGUAUCGUUUCGAUUCGUCGGCCUUGGAACGAGCUGCUGAAGCCGCAAAGACACUAGAACGAUCAAAGCAUGCACGUGAGGCGCUAGAGCUAUCAAAACUACAAGAAACCACGAAACAGCAAGAGUUUAUCGCCAAGGCCAAAGAGUAUGAAGCACAUAUGGAACAAGCUCGUGUCGAGCAAAAGCGUGUGGAUUAUGAAGAGCGAAGAAAACUUGCAUCCGAAGAAACAAAACAACAGCAAUUACGUGCACAAUAUCAAGACCAAUUGGCAAGGAAACGGUAUGAGGAGCAAUUAGCUCAACAGCAACGUGUACAAGAAGAGAAUUUACGAAAACAAGAAGAGAGUGUUGCCAAACAGGAAGCCAUGCGACGAGCGACAAUCGAGCAUGAAAUCGAGGCAAAGGAGAAAAACAAAUUGAAAUUGCUGGAGCAUGAAAUGCGAGUGAAGGCCAAGGUUGAGAGAGAAAAUCGUGAUUUGACAUUGGAACAAAUUCGAUUGAAAGCCCAAGAAAACCGUAUUACUGUUUUGGAAUCUAUCAAAACUGGUGGAUCGUUAUUAGGGGCUGGUGCUCAAGCUUUGUUGACCGAUUGGGAUAAAGUAUUGACAGCCGCUGGAGGACUUUCCCUGGUAGCAUUAGGUAUCUACACUGCCAAAGGAGCAACUGGUGUGACUGCGCGAUACAUUGAAUCACGUAUCGGCCGUCCGUCGCUCAUCAACGAAACGUCACGUUUCACAUUCAAAGACAUGAUUGCUCAUCCACUUAAAAUGGUUCAAAAACUAAAAGCCAAACCAUCGGAUGCUCUGCAAGGGGUUGUGCUGCAGCCAACAUUGGAAGAACGUCUUAGAGAUAUUGCAAUCGCCACGAAAAAUACAAAGCGUAACAAUGGAUUCUACCGGAAUGUUUUGUUGCACGGAGCACCAGGUACGGGUAAAACGAUGUUUGCACGGAAAUUGGCUGAACAUUCAGGCAUGGACUAUGCGAUUAUGAGCGGUGGAGAUGUUGCUCCAAUGGGUAAAAGUGGUGUCACAGCUAUUCAUAAGGUGUUCGAUUGGGCUAAGACCAGCAGACGCGGUGUAUUGUUAUUUGUUGAUGAAGCCGAUGCAUUUUUGCGUAAACGUUCAUCCGAACACAUUUCAGAAGAUUUACGUGCAGCUUUAAACGCUUUCCUAUUCCGGACGAGUGAACAAAAUCAAAAGUUCAUGUUGGUGCUGGCCAGUAACACACCCGAACAAUUCGAUUAUGCAUUGAACGAUCGUCUUGAUGAAGUGGUCGAAUUUUUAUUGCCUGGUUUAGCCGAACGUGAACGAUUGAUUCGUUUGUAUUUCGAUAAAUUCGUACUGCAGCCAGCUUCCGCGGGAUUGAAACGAUUCAAAGUAGCUGAAUUCGACUAUGGAACUGUGUGCAGUAAAAUGGCUAAAAUGUGCGAGGGUAUGUCUGGUCGUGAAAUUUCCAAAUUGGGCGUUUCAUGGCAAGCGGCUGUUUAUGCAUCAGAAGAUGGUGUACUCACUGAGAAAAUGUUACUCGAUCGAUGCAAAAAUGCCAUACAUCAACAUAAACAGAAGAUGGCUUGGUUGUCAGAACAAGAGAAAUUAGAUCACAAAUCAAUAACUAGCGGGAAGCCAUUGAACAUUUAAAUAAGUGAUAGUUGGACAAAGUUUUUAAAAAUUUUUUUCUUGAUGUACAAGAAACAAUGAAAAAAAAAACAAUCCUGUUUUUAUAGCAUUAAGCAAAAGUUGCGGAGUUGAUCUGCACAAAAUAUUAGAAUAAAUUAGAACAUUCAAACCAAUUGCCGUAUAAAAAUUUGUGCAUGUAUUCGAAUUUUAUAAUUUUUGUUUCAAUGUUUCCAAAUUAGAUAGUCAAGUCACAACCGAAUAAUCUUCCAAAAACCAAUUAAUUCACAGUUCAAAAGAGAGGUACAGGGGAGAUAAAAACAUUGCUAUUCAAAUAAAAACACGUUGCAAAUUGAA